CAUCCGGGUCUCCGUGUCCUCGCGCUCCGCCCGUCACGUGACGUCUCGCCGCGCCCCCGCCACCCUCGCUGUUAUGGCCGCUCUGGGGAAAAAGAAGCCCAAGAAGGGUAAAACCGUCAGCCUGAACGACUUUCUGGCUGAAGAUGCAACUGCGGGAAGUGUAUUUGUGCCACCAGUUCGGCCAGUCAACUGGGCAGAUGAAACUGAAGAUUUUGAAGGAGAAGUGUCAACGGCGUGGCCUGCUGAUGAUGGUGUGUACAAGCCUUCAGUGGACCGUGCACUGCUGCCCACUGCCCCACGUGCUGCCCGUGCCCCCAGUGUGGACAUGGCACGACUGCCUGCCAAACCACCUUACACCGCUUUCCUGGGCAACCUGCCCUAUGAUGUGACCGAGGAGUCAAUUUUCAAAUUCUUCACUGGACUCAAGGUCAGUGCUGUACGCUUGCCACGUGAAGCCAGCAACUCUGACCGACUCAAGGGCUUUGGGUAUGCUGAAUUUGAUGACAUUGAGUCUCUCAUGAGGGCUCUGGCACUUAAUGAUGAAAUGUUGCGGAACAGAAGAGUAAGAGUAGAUAUAGCUGAUCAAACACAAGACCGAGAUGACCGCGGAGGUUUGUCACGUGACCGGGACUGGAGCCGUGAGGACAAAACAGAUAAUGACUGGCGGUCUCGAUCCAGUAACAACAACAACGUCGAUGACUUCCCACGCCGAAACGGGGACCAAUAUGGAGAUCGUGAUCGAAUGUCGAGCUGGGGCCGAGAUCGUUAUGAGCCAGAUCGAGAGCGAUUUAGAGAUCGGGAGCGCUCAUUUGGGCCGCGACGAGAUGUGGAUCAUUACCGGGACAGCCAGGACCGUUAUGACGAUCGUGACAGUGGUUAUGAUGACAGGAGGAGCAGCGAUCGGGGCUCAGACUUCAGAAGUGGACGCCGGCCGUUUGGAUCUGGUUUCCGAAGGGAGAGUUAUGAUGACCGACAUGAUGACUAUCGAGGAGAUCGCUAUGGUGACAGAAGAGAGGAGCGCUUUGAAAGGAGAGGAGAUUACGGGCGGAGGGACGAUUAUAUCAGGGAGGAGAGAGGUCCUGUACAACGGCCCAAGCUCAACCUGAAGCCGCGGAGUACGCCCAAGGAGGAGGGCGUGCCGCCACCUCCUGCACCUGCCACUCAGAAACUGGCCUUCAUUUUUGGUGGUGCCAAGCCGGUGGACACCGCGGCUCGUGAGAGGGAGGUGGAGGAAAGACUCAAGCGUGAACAGGAGGAGAUGGAAAGGCGCCUAAGUGAACAGGGGCGCCUCGGAAAACCCGAGUGGAUCCAGAGGGAGAGACAUCCCAGCUGGCGCAGCGAUGACGAUCACUUGGAGCGGCGCCCCACCAGUGACACCUCGGAGACUGGCCGUUCAUCUCGGGGAGCCAGUGCCACAAGCAGCGCAUCUGCCAGGGGCCCACGGGUCUAUAAAGAGAGUGAUGUGCCUGGAGAUAAUGAGGUAUUUACUCGGGAAGAUGGACCUCUAUCACCGGCCACCCGAUCCCCUCGCCAGCCAGAACAGCAACCGCAGCAAUUAAGCCAGCAGAGAGAGCUGCCGCAGUUAGUGCCACAGGCGACACCACAGACGGCCGCUCAGUUGGUGCCCGCUCCACCACCCAAGGAGAAUGCUUGGGUCAAGCGUUGUGGAUCUGCAAAAGUUGGUCCUACUUCACCCACGCACCAUGGUGCCACCACCGAACUGCCACUAAGCCAGGAGAAAACACAAGCACACAAACUGGCUAACAGUGUAUCUUCCAACAAGAUGCCUUCCACAGCAACAUAUUCUCGUGGAGUUGCUGUAGACAAGGACCUAAAACCAUUGCCAGAUGGCAGCAGGACAACCAAGCUCAACGAUGAUUUUGAAGGAAAGCCAGACGCCACCACUGGCCGCACCGAGAAGGCCGGAGUGCGAGCCAAGAACAACUUGAAUCGUGUUAAAGGCCGAGGACGCGGCAUCAUUGCUGUCAAAAAAGACCCCGACAGAAAGGAGAGCCGGAAAGAGCGAGAGUCUCGGCUGAUCGAAACAAAGAAAUACGAUGAGCCUGAGCCACUGAGUUUCAGCUCUGUCAGCAAGUUUUCUGCGCUGGGUGUGGAUGGUGAUUCCGACUAUGAAGACUGAAUUCCUAUCAUUGUCCCACACUCACUGAUGUAUGCUGUUCCUUAAUGAGGUGCUACUUCAUUGUUGGCUUUUUUGCGAAAACAGCAGUCUGCAAUGUGCGGGGACUAUUUCAUGCAUGAUGUUCUGACUCUUGAAAACCAAUGUUGUUUUCCAGUUUUCAUGUCCUUCAAAGUCAUUUGAUUACGCGAGUUUUAUCUCUCUUCAUUCUUAAUAGGCAGAGUGUGCCACAGCUGUAAUUUUGCUUGGCUUUGCUUGACUCCAACGGUGAUGCGAUCAACUGAAACCCGUUUGAAAAAAAACGUUGAAGAGCAUAAUGUAUUUGUUAAGAGAUCCGUCAUUACAAGUUGAACUGCUAUUCCAUGUGCAUGAUUUCAGCAUAUGUAAAACUUGCAUGUUUUGUAGAAGAGCUGGCCUUUGGGCAAGACAUGCUUAAAAUAUGAAUAAAUAAGAUAUUUAUUGUUGUGGUCUUGCAAUCAAAUACCAUAGGGGACAAAGUAGAUUAUGUGGCCAUGCUGUAAUUAUCAUUAAAGUUAAGCUUCAACAAACAGCAGCUAUUGCCCACUAGCUAAUGGUGUUAAAUCACGAGCAGACAUGACAAUUCUUGUACAAAUGUACUGUAAACUGUGCAGUCAGCAAAUACCUUAAUUCAUUGAUGCGUAUAGCCUAUUGCAAAAAAAACAAACUUGCAAUAAAUGUUUGUAUUUUACCUUCA